AUUGCCGCCACUCGCGUUGCUGGCUCCUAUUGUGAGGACAAAUAUAGCUCCUCUGUGCACAAGGUCCAGUUAGCAGGCUAGGGUUUCAUGUAAGCGAGUUAAUGUAGUCUUUCGUUCGUCACACCGCGGGCUCGGCUGCAGUAUUAGGUGCGACUGAGGGACAACGCUGACCAUCUUUCAGAGCUUUAGACGGGUGUGAUCGUCACCCCUUUUUUCGAGCUUUGCUACGUUGACUGCUCCACAGCUCGUAUCGAGUCUACCAGUGGUACUGUCGAAAGUUUCCGGUAUCCUCGGUUUUAAUCAUCGAUCAUGGAAGACCCGAACCAGCAUUUCCCGCCAGGCGCGCUCCCCGAAACCGAGGCUGUAGCAGUGGAGGCGGCGCGGGACGGCAUGGAAGACGCGGAGAACCUUCUGGACGACAUGCUCGAGGCGGCGCGCCACGAGACGGAGCUCGCGCUGGCGCCGCAGAUCGACCAGAUGGGGGAAGAAAAUUAUGAAGCUACUAACCAGACGGAUGGUUCCCUGGCGCUUCGGACGGAUGCUGAUGCAGGCAUGGGGAUUGAAGCGCCUGACGGGAAUCAGGCGUAUGUGACUGCCGAGAGUGUGACUGCAGCCGUUGUGACUAAAGAAGCAGGGAUGGAAGAAACGGUGGCUUAUGAAAGUGUGACUCAAGAAGUGGUGACUGAAGGAGAGGUGGCUGAAGCGCCUGUGGCUCAAGGCGAGGGGUUUGAUCUGAACAUGGACGCCGGUGGGUCUGGGGGCGGUUCAGCUGCGGUCAUGAUAACCGAGGCGACGGCAGUUGAAGCCGAACCAGCGGCCGAACCUGGGACCGGACCAGGAACCGAGGCUGGUUCUGGCUUGGGUGUUGCCGAGCCUGAGAGUGCGCAGGUCGGGAUGGAGGAGCAGGCUCGGGAGGCCGUUCCUGAGUACCAAGAGAUGGGUGGAGAUGGGGGGACUCAUAUAGUGCAGCAGGAAAUAGCUGGUGUUGCGGCUUAUGGGGAAGGAGGCUUGGCAGAGGGGGAGCAGCCGAGAGCUGACGUGGACAUGGCUGAAGCAGCGGAGGUGACUCAACAGGAGAGUGCUUAUAUCGAGGAACCUGUGCACCACGAAGCUGCUUAUAUCGACUCGUCAGUGCAGUACGAGCGCGUGCAGCGCGCAGAGCAAGCAGGGGCGGCAGAGCAUGCUCAGAUGGCGCCUGCCUCAAAUGAGCCUGCUGCAGCGGGUCAGGAGCCGGCUUUACCCGAGCAGGAGGCAGGUGAGCCGUGGCAGGAAGGGGCUGUAGCGGGGCAUGAGGCUGCUGUAGCAGAGCAGGAGGCGGCUGUGGGCGGCGCCGGCGGAGUCGAGACAGUGGCAGCAGACGGUGCACUCGAGGGGCAGGCUGUCACGGCGAUUGAAGUGGGCGAAGGCGAGGUGGUUACCACUACUGCAGUUGGCGAAGGGGAGAUGGCUACAGGAGCGAGUGAGCGGGGUAUGAGUGCAGAGGGAAUGGGUGAGGGUGAGGGGGGCAUGGCGACAGCAUCAGAAGUAGCACACGGAGCAUCUGCAGAGGGGGAGGGGGGUGUGGUGUAUGCCCAGGGGAUGGAGACAGUGCCACACGGGCAGCAAGGGGAGGAGGCAGCAGCGGCUGGGCCGUCGCACGUGCACGAGGCAGGGGGAGGGGGAGCGGGCGAGGUUGUUCCUUCUCCCAUGCAAGCGGAAGGGGCAGGGGGGGGCGCAUUGGUGCCGGUUGCAGGACAGCUGGAGCUAGCAGGCGGGGAGGUGGGAGCAGCAGCGGCGGGUGCGGAGGGGGCAGAAGCAGCAGGGGGUGAGGGGGAAGAGGAAGCAGCAGCAGACGCAGCAGCAGCGGCAGCGGCAGUGGCGGCGCACAUAGAGGCAGCGGAGCGGGUAGUGCUGCAGUCGCAGCUGCCGCAGCCGGUGCCGUCGCCUGCCGUGGGCAACCUGGCCGUCCUGCCCAUGCUGCUGGACCAGAUCGAGGCGCACAUCCUCUUCUACGGCCGCAUCUUUCGCAAGGAGCCGCUGGAGGAGGAGCUUCGAGACCUGGUGUUUGCCACCGUGCCGUCGCAGCUUGGCUCGCCCGACCACCAGCGCUGGAUUGAGGUGGCCGACGCCUGGCGCAGGCGCAGAGAGGCCGCCCCUGCCGCCCUCCUCAUGGACGGCGGCGGGGCGGCAGCGGGCGGCGGCAGCUAUGUGUCCCCGGACGGCGUGAGAGGCAGGGGCAGAGGCCGGGGGAGAGGCAGGGGGCGCAGGGGCAGACGCGGCAGCAUGCCCGCGUAUGGGUAUGGCGGGGGCAGGGAGUACGGCGGGUAUGGGGGGUAUGGGGGUUAUGGGGGGGCUGGAGGCGGGGAGGGGUAUGGGAUGGGGGAGAUGGGAGGGGGCAUGGGUGCGGAUGGCGGUAUGAUGGUGCCCAGCGCGUAUGGCGCCAUGGGUGGUGGCGAGUACCCCAUGCACAUGGGCAUGGACGGCAUGCCCAUGCCCAUGGAAGGCUAUGGCAUGGGCAUGGGCAUGGGCCCCUUGGCGCUGCAUGGCCAUGGGGGGAUGGGGGUGUUCGACGACGAGGGCUGGGACGCACCGGGGAUAGCCAUCCGGGGCAGGGGGCGUGGCAGGGGGAGGGGCAGGGGGCGCGGGCGCGGGAGGGGCAGGGGGCGCAGCUGGCACCUAGUAGGAGUGGAGAUCGUCCCUGCGUAUGGGUCGGAUGGGGAGGAGAUGGCUGGCGACGGGGAAGAGAGAGGAGGAGGAGGGGGAGGGGGAGGGUCGUCGAUGAGCAAGCGCCCGGUGGUGGCGUGGGCGGAAGUAUGGCCGGGGGAGCUGGAGGAGCUGGUCAACAGGAGGGACCACGCGGGGGUGGCUGCCGCCCAGGUGAUGACGGCGGCCGUGGUGGCACGGGCGGCGUCAGCGGCGGUGCGGGCGGCGGCAGAGGCGGUGACGGCGUUUAAGGAGAGGGCGGUGGCGGCGGCGUGGGGGGAGAAGCAGGGGGGGGCGGGGGCAAAUGGGGGGUAUGGGGGGCACGAGGUGCAUGGAGGGCAUGGGGGGUAUGGGGUGCGUGGAGCGGAUGCCAUGUGGCAGGAUGCUACUGGCCAGCCAGAGCCGUUUGCUCACUCCCCCUGGGCUCCUGAGCCCCCCCUCCCCCUCACGUCUAUGGCUAGCGUGGCGAGGGGCAGGGGGAGGGGCAGGGGUCGGGGGAGGGGAAGGGGAAGGGGACGGGGGAGGGGCAGGGGUAGGGGCAGGGGCAGGGGUCGUGGGAGGAGCUACUACUAUAGCCGGUAUGAGAUGGAUGACGACGAGGAGGAAGAGGAAGAGCAAGAGGAGGAAGACGAGGGGGUCGAUUUGGAGGAGUAUGGGGUUAGGGAGGAAGUGGGGGGGUAUGGGGAGGGGGGAGCGAGUGUGCUGGGGAAGCGGGGGAGGGGGAGGGGGAGCGAGGGGCUGGAGAGCACAAUGAGGAGGGCGGUGGGGUUCCUGGAGGGGCGGGGAGAGGAGGUUGGAGAGGGGGAGGAGGACGAAGACGUGGUGGUGGUGGAGGAGGCGGAGGAGGAGGAGGAGGAGGAGGAGGAUGCGGAGGAGGUGGAGGAGAGGCGGGUGUGGGGGUUGAAGCUGCCGCACCGCUUCCACGUGGGCACGCCGGUAGAGGUGGCGUCCAACGAGGAGGGGUUGAGGGGCAGCUGGUUCACGGGCACGGUGCUGCAGAUGGAGGCACGCCGGGCGCUAGUGCGCUACGACCAGCUGCUGGACGACGCGGGCACCUACCAUCUCGAGGAGUGGGUCUCCAUUGCGCCCCCUCCUCCCGCCCCCUCCUCCUCCACCUCCCCCCAUCCCCCCCACCUCGUGUCCGGCGUUCCCCCUCCCCCUCCCCCCCACCUCCCCCCGGGUGGAGAGCCCCAGCGCUGCCUGCGCCCUGCCAGGCCCCCCUAUGCGGGGGCGGGGGCAGUGGGGCGCAGGGGAAGGGGCAGGGGCGGGGGGAAGAGGCGCAGGGGGAGUGUGGUGGGGUGGAGUGUGGGGGACCACGUGGAUGCCUGGGUGGAUGACGGGUGGUGGGAGGGUGUCAUCACAGCACUGUCAGACGAUGCCGCAGCCAACAUGGCUACGGUCGAAUUCCCAGGCUAUGGUGAGAUGGCGCAGAAGCAGCUGACGUGGCAGCAGCUGCGGCCGUCGAUGCUCUUUGAUGUGCGGGAGCGGGAGUGGGUGAUGGUGAGGGCGCAGGCCGUGGGGGAGGGGGUGGCGGUGGAGGAGGAGGAGGAGGAGGAGGUGGAGGUGGAGGAGGUGCCUCCUGCUCCCAUGGUGCUUGUGAGGCACUGCCAAGGCCCAGGGGCCGCCCCCCUUUGCAUGGCAGGGGAAGGGGAAGGGGGAGGGCCAGGGGCAGAGGCAGGGGCAGGGGGCGAGGGAGAGCGCGAGGCAGAGAGAGGGUCCCCUGGUAUUGAAGCCGUGUCCACGGUUCAUAAUUGCUCCAGGGCCAUUGCAGACUAACACCAAGUGGGAUGGGGUAGAGUAGAGUAGCUUCAUCGGAGCAGUAUUCCCGUUGAUGUGAUAUGGAAUCAAUGGGGUUGGCUGGGAUAUGUGUUUGCCUAAUUGACUCCUAAUUUCAGUAGUUGACAAAUCUUGCUCUUGUCCUUUUUUCUUGUAGGGGUUGUGGGGCAUAGGAUGCAUUUUUGUGUCUUGGAAUUAACAAAACUUUUCAAG